UCUGAGUGUUCAGUAAGAAAUUCAUUACUCGAAACUAUUUUUGAGCCACUAGGGUACGUGUUCGAUAAUACUGUGGUUUCUGUUCUUCCAGACUAAGGUAAACGAAAGUGCGCAAUGCAUGCAAGCAGCAAAAUGGGUGAAAAAUAUAAACCUUGGAUCAUCUUUCUUCAUCUACUAGUAAUCACGUGUUCCUGCAAUAGAAGCUGCAGAGCCAGGGGAUUGAUUGAAACAGAAGACAAAUUCUUCAAAGCAACCUCAAAUGAUCAUCAUGAAACAGAACAUGCACAUGCUCACUCUCACGUGGAUCACAUAGAUCCUUCUGUGAUGGUGUUUUUCACCAUCGAAGAUUUGAAGGUUGGGAAAACAAUGCCUAUUCAUUUUCCCAAGAGGGACCCUGCAACAUCCCCUAAGUUGUGGCCAAGAGAAGAAGCAGAUUCACUUCCUUUCUCACUGAACAAACUCCCAAACCUUCUCAAAAUCUUCUCUGUAUCUCAAAACUCUCCCAAAGCCAAGGCCAUGGAAGAUACCCUUAGGGAAUGUGAGACCAAACCCAUCAAAGGAGAGGUAAAAUUCUGUGCCACCUCUUUAGAAUCCAUGCUUGACUUCACUCAAAGCAUUCUUGGCUUCACAUCUGAUCUAAAAGUUUUGUCCACCUCUCACCAAACCAAAUCAAGUGUCACUUUCCAAAACUACACUAUGUUAGAAAAUAUCAUAGAAAUCCCAGCUUCCAAGAUGGUGGCUUGCCAUACCAUGCCUUACCCUUAUACAGUUUUUUACUGCCACAGCCAAGAAAGUGAGAACAAGAUUUAUAGGGUCCCACUUGCUGGUGAAAAUGGGGAUAGGGUGGAUGCUAUGGUUGUUUGUCACAUGGAUACAUCACAAUGGGGGCAUGGUCAUGUUUCAUUUCAAGUUCUGAAGGUCAAACCGGGAACCACUUCUGUGUGCCACUUUUUCCCAGCAGAUCAUCUCAUCUGGGUUCCCAAACUGCAACCACAAGGUUUUGCAACCAUGUGACUUUAGUGUUAGUGUUGUGUGCUUAUAAUUGUAUCUCAAGACUGUUUGAUGUUUGAGUUUUUCUUUCUUUGACUACUAAAAGAUGUGCUCAGUGGGAGCUAAAGAAAUAAUGCAAAAACUUAUUAUCGGUUAUUUGGCAUAUGUAAGAUUGCUUGUUUUUUAAUUUUCAGUAUGAAGUGUGAACUAAGACACACAUCUUUUAAUUUUUU